AUGUCCGAGUCAACGCCUCGCAAGCGCUCGCGUUUAGCCUGCACUUUGUGUCAGUCACGAAAGCGCAAAUGUUCAGGUGGACAACCUUGUAGCACCUGCGCCCAAACUGGAGCGGAAUGCCAAUACAAUGCGCGCAAGAAACGCCCCAGAUCCCAUAGUCUGUACCAAGCGAGCCUGUCACUUAGUGAACGACCUACGGAUGGUUGGUCUAAUGCAGUUCCAAAUACUAUCAGUGCCGGAGCAAAUGCUGCGGUACAGGCUUCUCCCCGCCGUACCAGUCCAGAGGGCGUUACCAAUUCCCUACAGGCCAAUUCUGGGGCCGCGUUUGUUCGCAAACUUGGGCUCAAAAUUGACCCAGCGCAUGCACCACGGUUGCAAUUGUUUGCUUGGAAUAUUGGCGAGAGGCGGAUAUCGCCAACAUCAUCAUCGGCACUUCCCUCAUUGCCUACCACGGCGCCGACGCCGACGACUAUCACCAAAAUCUUAUCCCAGGAAGAGAUGCGGCGGCUAGCAGCAAUUUACUUCGAGAAGAUUGAUUCAUGCUAUACAUUUCUGGACCGUAAGACGAUAUUUCGUCGAAUAGCAAAGCGCUGGGAAUCUAUGUCAUCUCCUAUCGACACCGCGGAACAGCCCCAUGAUGCUGUACUAUGCGGCGUGGCUGCCUUCGGGCAUCUAUUUUCGCGGCGCGAGAUCAUAGCAAUAGAAACUCAACUUGUUGAGGCCGCGCGCAUUCUACUGGAUAAGAGCAUCCUCGCAGCGGAAACACCUUCGGUUGACGUAGUGACAGGGUGGGUGUUGCGUGCUGCGUAUCUACGCAUGACCGCCUCACCACAUGCCGCGUGGAUGGCCAGUUGUACACUGAUGCAUCUCAUCGAAGCUGCAGGAUUGCACCUUAAAACUUCAGAUUCUGAAGCAGCGGCCCUGCUCCAAACAUCACCUCCCGAAACACACGAUAGUCAAGAUGGCGACAUGGAAUACCAGGGCACCAGCGACCCUGAAACUCGGCGAAGACUAUUUGGCAUGGCUCGCCACCUCAACACAUGGAUUUCCUUCGACCUCGGUCGCUCCCGUGUUGUUCUUCACGGCGCCACAGCUCUCUCCCCCACAAGCAUACCCCAACCACGCAACCCACAACAUCAAGCACCACCCCGAGUCCCACGCGCAGACCUAUUCCACCUCCUCCCACUCUCUGAAAAGCUCGACCCUACAGGGCCAUCACCGCAAGACCUUUCGGAACUCGAAACAGCCCUCACCUCCGUCCUGGAUAUAGUCUACUCCGAACCCUCGCUAAUUUUAGUCCAAUGCAACCUUAUGCUAUGCAUAUAUCGUCGUCUCCGCGCUCUGAAUCCACACGGCCCAUUAUCCUCUAACCUCCUUGACCGCGUCCUUGCACUGGCAUGCCGUGGGCUCCGUGCCGCUCGAGGAAUGGUCGCCUUAAGCUGCCCCUGGCACCAAGUUGCCAACGUCCCAUUUCAGGUCGUCUGCUCACUUCUAGCGAUUGACAAUCGGGCUGCGUUGGCGUUGCUCGCUGAUGCGAUGCGGACUCUGCGUGAAGUUCUCACUGCCUACGAUACAACUUCUAUGCGUGAGGCGUAUUCUACGGCAUACCUACUUAUCGCGUUGCAUCAGCGGCGAAAGGAGGAUGAUACCCGGGCUCUUGCCGAGGUGUUGCGGGUCAACGCUGCUGCCGCGGCUCCAGCGGACGACCAGAAAGAUAGGUACAUUGCAAAGACACCUUUGUCCGAUCAGAGCCAAAGGCCGGAACAGGCUGCGCUAGACGGGCUAGUAUCAGAUGCGGAGUUCUCAUGGCUGGGUGAUUUGAUGAUUGAUAUGCCUAGUCUGCAAAACUUCGACCUGGACCAAUUCUUGAUGACGGAUGUCCCAUGGCCUUUACCCGAGAUGGGAAUUUGA